GUAUUUCUCCACCGCUGCUAUUAAACACAGCAUCAGAUGCGCGCCUCCUCCUCGCCAACGCACGCACCAACCAAGUGAACCUGCUGCCACCAUGGCCGCCACCUCCCGCCUCGCCAUCCUGGUCGCGCUCCUCGCCGCGUCGUCGGUGCUGGCCGCGGCGCAGAAGGCCAAGGCGAAGCCGGCGGCCGGCCCCGCCGCCGAUGCGGCGGACGGCAGCCCACCGACCGACGUGACGAAGGUGCUGGGGAAGUCCGGCCAGUACACCAAGUUCCUCCAGCUGCUCCACGACACCCGCGUGGACGAUCAGAUCAAGGCGCAGCUGACGGACAGCUACAACGGGCUGACCAUCUUCGCGCCCACCGACGCCGCCUUCGCGUCGCUCAAGUCCGGCACGCUCAACGACCUGUCGUCGCAGGACCAGAUCCAGCUCGUCCUCUACUGCGUGCUCCCCAGAUUCUACAGCCUCUCCAUGCUCGGCACCCUCAACGGCAAGGUGAACACGCAGGGGUCCGGCCACACGGGGCCAUACAAGUACAGCAUCAAGCGCGCGGGCAACAACGUCAACGUCUCCACCGGCGUCAACUCGAUGCUCCUCGGCAGCCCCGUCAGCAAGGACUUCCCGCUCGCCGUCUAUCCCGUCGACAAGGUGCCGCUCCCCUACGAGCUCUUCGGCCCCAAGCCGCCCACCCCGGCUCCGGCCCCGGCGCCAGCGCCAACCAAGUCCAAGACCAAGAAGCACAAGAAGUCCACCGGGAUCGCCGAGCCGCCCACGGCAGACGACGCCACCGCGGACGAUGAGAAGUCGGCGGCAGCGCCCGGCGCUGCGUUGGCCAGGUGGGUCGCCGCGCUCGGGGUGCUCGGCGGCGCUGUCCUCGGCGGCCUCCUCUGAGGAUAAUAGAAUCAUCAGAUCGGAGGGUGGCGGCGGUGGUGCUGUGAUCUUCGACGGCGUCGUGCAUUGCCAUGCACGAUCGAGUGGUGUUACGUACCAUCAUUGAUCGAACGACUAUUGAUCCCUGUACCAUGCAUUUUGUGCUGUUGCGUGCGUUGGUCCAUUGGCUUUAUUCUUUUUCUCUGUUUUUUUUUCGUUUUUAAAUUUAUAUUUGUAACUUAUAUGAUUUACUAGUACUUCUUUCAUUGGAUUUUA